AUGAAUCCAGCUUUUCAUCGGAAAUACUUGAAAGAUUUCAUGACAAAUUUUAACAAUGUUUCCGAUAGACUUUUGAAUCGGAUGGGCGAGGUAGCUGAUGGUGCUAAACCGGUCAGUAUGGUUAAGGAAUUUGCAAAAGCCACACUCGACACCAUCAGCAAAGUGGGAUUUGAUAUGAAUACCACCACGAUCGAGGACCCUGAUUCCCCAUUUCCCUCCGCAAUUCGCCACUACCUUGAUGGGGUACUAGCAAACUUUCAAAUUCCCAUAAGCUCUCAAUUGUUGGGGAUUUUUCAAUUUAAACUAUUUCAAACAGAUUCCCAGAGAGUUCAAAUAAAUGCGGCACGAUUUCUUCAAAAAUUUGCUUCAGAUUGCAUCACCACUCGAAUGAAGGACAUUGCUGAAAACAAGGAUGUACCCAACGAUUUGCUAAAUCUUUUGAUUAACGAUGGUAGUUUAACAAAGGAGGAGAUCGUUGACGAAUUCUUAACAAUAUUUAUUUCUAGCCAAGAAACAACAGCAAAUGCGUUGGCAUUUACAUUAUAUGAAAUUCUCAGAAACCCCCAUGUUGAAGCAAAGCUUUUGAAUGAAAUCAAAGACGUUCUCGGUGAGCGAGAAGAAGUUGAAUUUGAUGAUUUGGCAAAACUAAAAUACAUGGGCCAAGUAAUGGAAGAGAAUCUAAGGAAACGUCCCAUUGCCCCCAGCACCUACCAGAGAAGUGUUACAAGAGAUAACAGUUGGAGGUUAUCGAAUACCAAAAGGAACCGGAGUUGCUAGCAGGUCCAUGUUCUUUUCUAGGAACCCAGAAAUCUGGAAAGAUCCCGAAGUUUUUGACCCAGAAAGAUUUGCAGAUGCUGGAAACAUCCCAAACUUGAGCAUGAUACAUUUUCCAUUUUCCAUUGGUCUUCAUAAUUGCAUUGGACAGACAUUUUCAAAGUUUGAGUCCAAAGUUUUCCUUGCAAGGCUGUUUCAAAAGUUUCAGUUCAAGCUUCUCCCAAAUCAAACUGAUCAAAUGGUGGGUUGGAUGAAUUUGAUGCCUCGAGAUGGUGUGAUGUGCAAAGUUUAUAGACGCACUGGCAGGUACGAUGGGGAGUGA